AUGCCGAGGGGGGCGUGGGGGGCAGGCGAGGCGGGCGCCGGGGCCCAGCGGCAGGGGCGGUCUGGGGGGGGCAGCGGCGGGCGGGGGUCCCUCGGCGGCGGGGGGGCCUUGCUGGGAUCUGCUGGCUCCGGGCGCGGCUCUGCCCUGCGAGUUCACCCUUUCAUAGUACCAGCUCGCGGGGACAGCCCUGGGCGGGGCCGACCGCCCCCCACCCCACCCCCCCGCCGGACCUGGCUGCGGCGGGCACCUUGGGGGCCCGGAACGUGGAGGCUGGUGGCGCCGGGCCCCUUGGCCGAGCUCCUGGGGGCCAAGGAGCAGAGGAUCCGCCACGGGAGGGGCCUCGCAGGGACAGGCCAACCCCAAGUGCCAGCAGGUGGAAGGCAGAACCUGGGGACGCUUUGCCAGCCCGACCGAGAGCGAGGGACACCCGUCACACCCCCCAGGGCCUGUCCUCUGGGGCCCGGGUCCCCCCAGCCACGCGGAACAGCGCCGGGCACGCGUCACUCAGUAGAGGAAUCGCAGCCUCGACAGGCCUGCCCGUUGGGGCCGGGGAAGCCGCCCACCCGCACAAUGCUCGACUGUGACGACUGCGACGACUGUGACGACUGUGACGACUGUGGCGGUGGAGGGAGGGGACGGAAAGGCUGCUAUCGGGGCGCUCGGUGGUGGCCGCGUUGGUGAUGGCGAUGGUGAUGAAGGCAGUGGCGGAAGUGGCAUGUGGUACGGCUCUGCUUCGCUAACAGCCGCCGCGUCCCAGAGCCUCACCCUCUUGGGUCGUCAGCACCCAGGGGUCAGCGGCUGGGACCCCAACUCCAGGUCUUCUCGGCCGGGAUCCCCGGCGAGGAAGGGCUCCGGUCUGG